AUGCCACAUUUAGAUACUGCCCAAGAAUGGCUCACACAAUCUUCGCUAUUGUUAAAAGCACAUCCUAGUACCACCCGCAUAACAACUAAAUACACCCUUCUGCACGCACCUUCCUCCCCCCACGCCCCCUCCACCACACACUCCACAGCCACCAAACCGCGCCUACCCAAACCGACCUCCACCCCUCAACCCUCCACCUCUGCAAAACCAGAUGCCCAACCCCGCGGUACCCUCACUCUCACAACUUUCAACCCCCGCUCCGGCGUAAACCUCAAAUACACCACCAACAAAGCUGCAGAAGUAUCGCGCCUCAUACAAAUCAUGGGACGACUCGGAAAGCUCAUGUGUGGAUUACCCGAGACGGAGGAGAAAGAGAGGUUGGGGGAGAUCAACAUGGCUGAGGCACCGGCAGAGGAGGAAGUGGAUGAGAAGAAGGAUGCUGGAAAGGGACAAGCGCAAACACAGACGCAACCACAAGGUGGAAAGGGAAAGAAGAAGAAGGGGAAGAAAUGA